CCGCACUUUCACUCUCCGUCCACCUCGGUGUCCUCUUGCUGCCCAGCUCUGCAGCCUCCGGCGCGCCCUCCCGCCCACGCCAUGGACGCCAAGGUCGUCGCCGUGCUGGCCCUGGUGCUGGCCGCGCUCUGCAUCAGUGACGGUAAGCCAGUCAGCCUGAGCUACAGAUGCCCCUGCCGAUUCUUUGAGAGCCAUGUCGCCAGAGCCAACGUCAAACAUCUGAAAAUCCUCAACACUCCAAACUGUGCCCUUCAGAUUGUUGCAAGGCUGAAAAGCAACAACAGACAAGUGUGCAUUGACCCGAAAUUAAAGUGGAUCCAAGAGUACCUGGACAAAGCCUUAAACAAGGGGCGCAGAGAAGAAAAAGUGGGGAAAAAAGAAAAGAUAGGAAAAAAGAAGCGACAGAAGAAGAGAAAGGCGGCCCAGAAAAAGAAAAACUAGUUACGUGCUUCCUGCAGAUGGACCACAGUACGCUCUGCUCUGGCGCUUUGUAACCCCCCCUUCCCUCUCCGGGGGCAGACCCCACACUCCGGGCAGGUGCUCAGACUGAUGGUAAACUCUUCCCUCUUCUGGGGGCAGACCCCACAUCCCAGGGAAGACCCCACACCCCGGGGCAGAUGCUUAGGCUUUCCUGCCCCGGCGGCCACACCAGCUGCUGUAUUUAUGCGCUUCUUAAGGCCCUGCUCUGUCUGCUAAGCUAUGAAGAAAGAUGUGCAGAGACUGGGGUGGAGGCUAAGCCACAGAGGACCUGCCUAGCCUGGCAGCUUGCCCCGAGCUGAGCCCCUUGGCCAGGAGUUCACAAGGCUCACACCUACAAUCCCAUGAAGGCCAGGGUGGUCUGCUUAGCCAGGAAAGGGCAUGUGCCUUCCCCUCAACCACACUGCCCCCUGUGGCCUUCUCAGGUAACUGACUUGCUCUCAGGCCCACGGGGAGCUUUUCCAAAUACCCGCGGCCUGGGAAGGGACUUCAUUCAGCCCUGCUGCCCGGGCUGUGGGAGCAGCUUGGUUUCAACACAGAAGGGUAUCUGCAGACUGUGUUGGGUGAAAAGCAGGAAGAAUGAAGUCUCAGAGAACGCAUGUUAGCUGCUUCUCAGGGAAUCUUUCCUUUGGAAAAUUCACUUUAGAGUCUUUAAACGGGUCCCUCAUGGGGAGGGCAGAUGUGCUCUGGGACUUUCUGAAGGGCCAGCAGCUUCAGGGACUCUUAGUCUGUCCUCCCCACCCUUGGUCUCAACAUUCCUAGAAUGGUGUGCUAUCCGGUCACCAAUGCCUCCGUCCUCACUCCUGAGAGAUGUCUGCCUUCUGUGGAUUGGGUUAAAGCUCUGGAAUUACCUAAUAUCCCAACCCACCACCCUCACCUGGCAAUUUUUGUCUAGUCUUUUGUUUUUGUCUUUCUCCGUUUUGGAUUAGAAGGAUAGAGGGCAAGGCUCUGAUUUUAGCAGUGUUUUGGAGAAAAAAAUUUUUUUUCUUCAUCUCAUGUAGACACACACACACACACACACACACACACACACACACACACACACACACACAUCUUGUACCCCAGACUUCUGGGUCUAAUUUUCAUAAUUGGGGCAGAAAGAAGAAAUGAUCUGAAGAUACAGCAAAUGGAUUGCAGGGGAAGGAAGGCCCAGUGUCCUGUGUGUCAUGCCCUCUUGGGUCCCUAAGUUCUAGGUUCCUUAGAGGGUCUAACAUUAAAUAGGUAAGAGGCCUUCAUGGUCCUUGCUGGGGAAGGGUCUCACCAGGGAGCUUCAGGGAAGACCCAUGUUACGAACUCUUACACUUUAUCUGGACAGCCCUCCUGGUCCAUACCCUCUCCUCAGAUCUGAGGUAUCGGGGUGGGCUAUUGGUGGGCGUCUUUCAAGCCCAGGGUUACUGUCUGUUCUUCUUGGGGCAGCCAGUUACAGUCUGGUCUCAGUGGCCUCGGCUGCAUCCUUCCUACUGUUGACAAAACACUUCUGAAGGCCAGAUCUGUGCUCAAGCCAUAGUUCUGCCUAGAAAUGGAUGCCCAGCCCCUCCAGGACACUGGGAAGGACUGUUGGCCCCUAACAACCAAAGGCCAUACUGAGGCUGCCCUGAGUUGGAAGACCACUUUCCGAAAUGCCCCUGGACUCUGCCUCCCACCAUCCACCCCUGACUCCUAGGAGUUAGAGAGUAGGAAAACAGUUUGUUUCUUAGGAACCACAGCAAGCUCCCAGGAGCCCUCUGUGCUUAUGAAGCCCAUCUAAUGGGCAGCCCCAGCCUUCUGGACAGAGUCCUCAUGGAAAUGCGUGAGAAGCUGAUUUCGUCUAAGGAUGGGUUGAAGGUAGGAUGUGCUCCUGUAUGUUCUCAGGCAGGUGAGAGAGGGUCUUCCUUACAGUAUCUAGCAUAAACACCUUCUGGAAGGUUCUGCAGCUCUAGAGAUCACCUCCUCAGUGCCAAGACCUCUUCUGGUGGUGUGGGAGCAGCCAAGAGAUUUCAAGGAAGAGUGAUUAUUUGAUGAAAUAACUUGAAUUAUAUCAAGAGUGAAUAUUUGAUGGGAACUGCCUCUUCUCUUGGAGUUCUGAGGCCUGGGGAUGCCCAGGAACUCAGGGCACCUGCUGUUGUUGGAGUCGAUGCAUAGUCUCAACACCAGUGUCCUAAGGUUAAGGCAGUGUGCCUUGUCAUGUGUUCCUUGUACCAUGCCUCCUGUGCCAGUGUGUGUGCCUUAGCCUGUGCUUGACAUGUUCACCCGUCUUCUCUGCUUGCCACCACCACCCAGACCCUCAGCAUCAGUCCUGGCUGUGCCCCUCCCUGCCCUCCCACUCUCUCAGGCCUUGGAAGGAAGAUGGCUCGACUGCAAGCUGAACUAAGGAGUAGGGCCUGUGGCUCCUGCCAGGCCACACAGCAUCCCAGGCACGUGGUGAGAAUCCGCCUUAAUGUGUCUCCUCUGUUCUUGUCAACAGGAGGCUCAAGAUGUGAGAGGUGUGAGUCAGACGCCUGAGGAACUUACAGAAGGAGCCUAGGUCUGAAGUCAGUGUUAGGGAAGGGCCCAUAGCCACUUCCUCUGCUCCUGAGCAGGGCUGAAGCCAUUUCCAAGGGACUUGCUUUGCAGUUUGCUACACUUUCACCAUUUGAUUAUAUAGCAAGAUACAUGGUAAUUAUUUUAUUUUCAUUUAGUCUGAUUCUCCAAUGUCAUUGGUGACAGGCCAAGGCCACUAUGUCAUCUCCUUUGUUCUAGUAUCUUUCCCAUGAAGGACCUUUUCUGAAUAGUGGCUCCCAAGGUUUGUCUCUUUGAGCUGAGGCAGGAGGCUCACCUUUUUCUGAUUAGAAACUGGGUGUUCCUACCCCCAAGGAUUGCAGGGCUUUCCCCAAGCUGAGGCAGGAGUGUGAGGUCAGGGAAGAGCGAGAUCCACCCUCAUCCCAUGCUCUCCUCUUCAUCCCACCAUGCUCAUCUCUGUCUCAUCCAUCACCGUGUGUCUGCAAGACUGUCUCCAUGACCCUGAAAAAGGACUCUCUCAAGAUGAACUCCUUUACUCAAAUGGGACAGCAAGAAGGAAAAGGAAGUGUCUGUUGUUCCGCCCAAACCCUUCGCGCGUCUAUGUCUUGUUUGGAAUAUUGUCUCUUCAACCCCCUGCUUCUGUUGACCUCCAUGACCAAUGUCUCAUCUGUGCACUGUCUCUAACCCAAAUGCAAAGGCUGUGUAUGAGGUAAUGGCCCUGAGGUCCAGGUUUUCAUGGAAACAGCGCACUGUCUCCCUGUUCACAGGCUCAUUUUGGACACACAAAGCCCAAAGAAAGGUGGUUUGCAACAGAGCUCAGCUCUAAGAACUGUAGAUCCUUCAUAUUUUCGUAACUGUUAGCUCUAAAUUGUGGGUUCUUAGCUUCCUGGAACCGAAUGCAUUCUUCUAUUGAGGACUAGCACGUCUCAGUUCUUUCCAAUUAUUUUUAAAAGCCAAUGAAUAAAAGCAUCAGCAUUGGGCCCCACUGGGCGGGCAUUUCUCUAGAAAGGGGAGAACCACCUACCUUUCCUUAGGACAGCCGACCAGCACGGCCCAGGAAGUGUUUUGUCUUCUGCAGUUUUUAUACAAGCUCCCUGCCACCUUUGACAAACGCACAGUUAAGAGUCAGUAUCUAGUUCUUCAGAGACAAAGAUGGAGGGAGUAAGAAGGGGAAGGGAAACGGAGAAAGCUACCAAAAGAUCAUCCUCAAAAGCAGGUGUUUGAGAGUGAACGAGCUGUAGAAUUGUUAGUGAUGUGUGUGUGGUGAGGGAUUUCUAUAAAUAGUCAUUCAAGUUGAUUUCACAGCAGAUGAAAAAUCCAACCAGCAAGAUUUUGAUCAAAUUUGGACAACAGCAACAAAACUAAAAAUGUGAAGCCAGUUGGGAUAAGGGGCAUAUGGUUUGCUGCAGACUGGGUCCCCAUGUGGAUUCAGAAUUAUUUUAAACUCUCUUGACAUCCGGGGCCCCCACAAGAGAAAUCUGGAUUGCUGUGCAAUGGCCACUUAGCAUCUAAUCCAAGCUUUGAAGGAAACAAAUACAGCCUUGCACCUUCUCUCCAGUUAGGGAUCCUUUUAAAGUCUCCUUCACAGGGAGGAUAAAGAGACUGGGUAGAAACUGGAGGGAGAUGAAUUUGUGUAUCAAUUCCGCUGCUGACAGUCAGUUUCUAGAUGGAGACAGCCUGCCUAGAGCAAAUGUGCAUUUAAAUAGGACAUUUACAUGGGAAAAGCCUCUCCCCACCUUAAUCCCCCAUGCUCCCGCUUUCAAAAUACAAGCACAGCAGUCCUUGAAUGGUUGUUGACCCCGGACACCUAACUGUCCCUGAUGGUCCUGGUGCUGCCCGAAUUCCCUUGGGCGCCAAGUAACCUGCCAGGCAGCCAGUCCCUCUGUCACCAGCCUUUGCAUCUGGAUAGGGAAAAGGGGGUUGGAGACAUACAGUCUGCUUUGUGUUGAAACCCAGAUUUGUACCCUGUGUUUACACUGUGCUGCCUGCUCUCGGGGACAGUGGGAAGGAAGUGCAGCCGAGGUGGCAGACCCCUCUGAUUCAUUGCCUGGUCGGCUUUGAGGGAGGGUUUGGAGAGCAAAAGGCUGCAUUCCUCUGUGGGACUUGGCCUGAGGCCUUUAGGCCUCUCCAUCGAGUUCUGUUUAUCUUCUCAUGGGUGAUUAUCUCGGCGGCGUCACCAGGGGCUUCCUCACAGAAGUCAUUCCUCCGCAGAGCUUGCAGUGUCUACGCAGCGAUGGUUUCAGUGUUGCAUGUGGUGAAUACUGUAUUUUGUUUCAGUUCUGUCUCCCAGAUAAUGUGAAAAUGGUCCAGGAGAAGGCAGCUUCCUAUACGCAGUGUGUGCUUUCUUAUUCUCGUUUUUAAUAUAUGACAGUUAUUUGAGAGGCCAUUUCUACUUUGAAGUCAUAUCAAUGAAAAAUGAUGUAUCUUCACCUACAAUUUUUCCUAAUAAAGUUCUGUAUUCGAAUGUA